AAAAGUUUCAAUGACUUAGUGGAGCUAGCUACGAGCCUACUAAAUACGAACAACUCUUGUCGUGUUGCUUGAAAUUUCUCAUAAUUACAAACAGUCAGUCACGGAUUAAUCGCCCGCGCUAAUUUUUUGGUUAUAGAGAUUACUUAUAAUAACUGUUAAUUCUGAAUAUGAGCUAAAGGGAUUGGYAUGGGGGUAUUAACGUUUAAAAACGAUAUUGCCAAAUAGUAGGGUUGCAGCAUUUUCAGUAUGGCUUUUCUUUUCAGAGAUAUAAUUUGAAAUAUCAAAUGCAAAUUAGAUGACGUACAUUCAAGAAUGUGUUACAUUUUGCAGUGUAAUUUACGACAAGAGUCUGAAGUGAAAUAACCUAUCAAAAAGUGUACAAAAUCAUAUUUCAGCCAAAUAGUUUAGUUCCUGGUGGGCUAAUUUUUCAAAACCUGCUCUAAAACAGUUAAAAACCUCUCAGAAUGACGUUAAAAGCCAUUAUCAAAAACAAAGGAGCAAGGUAUGUUCAAAUCUAUUUGAAAAAUUUCAUAUUUUUAUCGUGCCAUACAUUUACUGUAAAUUGCUACACGCCACAAAUACUUUGCUCGGGCUGCCUGUGGUCUGCAAUUUUGUUUGUUUGCUUGGUUAUGAUUGAAUAAUCCCGCUGGCAGCCGCUGGCCGGAUGUUGCACCGUUCCUAGUGUCACCUGCGCAUGCUCACCUAGUAAUAUCUUUCGGCAUUACAACAGGGAAGGGCAAGAUUUUCAAUGGUUUCCUUCUAAAAAUGCCGAAUUCUAGCUCUCCAAAGAAYCUGAGCUCGAAGCAAAUUCCCAUAAUUAGUGCCACAAUCCUCCUAGUCGGCACGACGACGUUAUUUUUUGUAUUCGUAUGUCCACCUCUUAUUAGUAAAUACUCAUUAGGCAUAGCAGUCUACGAAGGACUACUUGCAUUUUUCGUACUGGCAAAUUUCGCGCAUGCAACGUUCRAAGAUCCGGGCAUCGUUCCGCGAGCACCAUCUAACCCAGAAUAUGAGGAUGACUUCAAAGCUCCUCUCUACAAAAACAUAGACAUAAAUGGCAUAACAGUGCGUAUGAAGUGGUGCGAGACAUGCCGGUUCUACCGUCCACCCAGAUGUUCUCACUGCAGUAUCUGCAAUAACUGUAUAGAGAAAUUUGACCAUCAUUGCCCUUGGGUCGAUAACUGCAUAGGCAAAAGAAAUUACCGAUACUUCUUUUUAUUCGUUCUGUCUCUUUCAAUACACCUUACUUCAGUGUUUGCUCUUUCGCUGGUCAAUGUUCUGGACAUGAACUCAGACAUCCGCAAACCAGCAGUCAUCAUUUCUAUUAUCAUAAUGGUGAUAUGUUGCUUGGCAGCAAUCCCAGUAUUUGGUCUUACUUUCUUUCACAUUGGUCUUGUUGGCAUGGGAAGGACAACCAAUGAACAGGUAACUGGCAAGUUCCGCAGUGGACAUAAUCCAUUUGAUAAAGGCUGUAAAAAAAAUUGUAGUUCUGUCUUAUGUAUCAGCCAGUAUCCAARAUAUUUAGGAUUUAAAGAGAAGUAUCAAAAGCGACAAAAGAAGAAGGCUAGGUCAAAUAAAAAGACUACAGGACCAGAAGAAACAGAAUUAUCUGAUGUGAGGAUACAAGUAGCUAGAGAUGGACCAAAGAAUSUGUCAGGUGCACGUGCUCUGCGUCCAGAAUCAUUUGUCACUGCCAUCAAUUCCACACCCCAGUCUACAUACAUUAGUGCCGCUAAUGGUAGAGUAUUCAGGCCUAUAAAUGAGGUGACUGUAUGAUAACAGCUAAAGGACAUUUGUGCAUUGAUAUAAGGGCUGUUAUCCCAUAACACCUGCAUACAUGCAGAAWCUACACCCAAUCAAAUCAUCCUCACUUGUUGGGUAAACUGGCUUAACAUGAUAAGUGCACCACAAUCUUUACUCUCUCUCAAAGUAACCYGAGUGUCUCAAAUGAUAUGGCUUUUGUGUCCUCUGUACCUAAAUUAAAGAAGAAGUUCACAACAACAACUUCACAUCACCACUAUCAUUGAGUCACAAGGAAAAAGGAGAAUUAGCAUUUGAUAUGAUGGGAGCAUUAGCAAUGRUUUCCUAGAAAAUGUUGUCAAAGUGACAAUACAGUACCUGAGGUGGUUGUUGUCAUUGACAGUAGCCUAGGUGAAGGUAGCUAUGGUUAAUACUAUUACUGAUAGUUACCUUUGGAAUAGUGAUGGUUGCUUAGGUAAAUGUCACUUUACAUGGUGAUGGCUAAGGUUGGUGAAACAAAUAUUUUAGUUACCUUGGUGAUGGUUGUUUAGGUAAUUAUAACCUUGGUGAUGGUAGCUAGRUUAAUACUAUUGCUGAUGGUUGUCCUGGUAAUAGAGAUUAUUGCUUAUAGUGUUUGGGCAAACAUAGUAACUUUAGGCAAGGUUGCAUAGSUGAUAGUUACCCAAGUGGUGAAUGCUAAGAGUGGUGGAAUGAAGAUCAUUGUAACCAUGGUGAUGGUUGUCUAGGUGAUUGUUACCCAAGCGAUGAACUAAGGUUGGUAAAGUGAAGAUCAUAAUAUUCUUGGUGAUGGUUGCCUAGUUGAUUGUGACUUUAGUGAUGUUUGGUCAUGGUGGUUUGGCAACAUGAUAGUUACUAGUUCAGGGCUCGAAAUAGCAGCCUGCUAAUGGCCAAAUGACAKGCCAAAUUUCAGGUUUGSCAGGCRAAAAUAACAAUGCAUUSCCRARUGAWUAAUAAAAUGACAUGCAAAAUUUACUGGAAUGACCUCCAUUUACCAUGCUCCUUUACUUUGGCAGGCUGAAAAAAUUUCUAUUUCAAGCCCUGUAGUUUCAUAAUUGAAUGGGUACAAUAGACCUUAAUCGUCUUGGUGCAAUAGUUUCCCAUUACAGACCAUGUGUCAUUCCGUUAAAAAAGUUUCAUUGUUUCCUGUUGUAUCCAUAUACAUCUGUCUUCCCAUGCUCAAACUUUAAGCAAAGAAAUAAUACUCUAGGAAAUGACACAUGGCCUAAAAUGGGAAAACAUUGCACCAAGACAAAUAAGGUCUAUAGUUAUGGAGGCUGAGGCAAAGAUUUUAAUAACGUUGUUGAUGACAGAAGGCAGUGUCCUCUGGUUACUGACUUUUCUUGCAUACAACUGUUCUCACAAGAUGUGUCGUUGCAUAACUAAUGCUUUUCAAAAAUUACUUGACACCAGGAGAAUGAGCUUUUAUCAGGUAUUCUUAAAUUAGUAAAGUAGAAAAAAUAAUUACCAUAGCAGAAAAGAGCAUGUUAAAAUCAGCAAAACAGUGAACUUUGAAGGAAAUAACUUCAACAUAUAAUUUUUGAAAAGUGUGAAUUUCGUAAGAAAACCUUUGCUGAAGGCAAGGGGUGCCUCCAGCAGAAUCACUUGCAUACAAAAUUUCGAUAUUUGAUAAUUCGUAUCUUUGCAAUUUUUGAACUUCCUUCAAGCUUCACAGAUUUACUAACAUCCUUUCUGGCAAUGGUACUAUAAUUUUUUUUCUGUUUUUCAAGUUUUGGAAUUACAAGAUAAAAGCUCAUUGGCAUAACACUAUUUACAAGUUUAUCCUUUUAGCACUCGUCAAUCUUGUUAUUUCUUGUUGUUGCUGAUGUUGUUGGUGCCUGGAAUUGUGGUGAUGACAGUAUUGAUGUUUUCGUAUACAAAUUGUUUCAUUAGUCUUUCUAUAUGUUUGCACUUCUAUAAGUCAAUAGUGUUUCUUCUCUCUGCUUCUUUACAGUUUUGAUUAAGUCUGUAUUUUAAGCUUUUGGGUCUUGCUGGAUGCUCAUGAUAUGAGAAGAUUAAGCUCUUUCCAUAGGUUGCUAUCAUGUCCAAUCUCGUAGAAUUCUUACCAGUUGAAUGGCAAGUUUUCUGUUAUGUACAUGGAUAGUUGAGCAUGCCGAACAGUGUCUGCCCUUCACAAAAAGCUGUUAAUGAGAUUUAUAAUAUAUAACAAUUAUUUGCCAAAGCAAAAUAAUUAUUGGUGAAUAUUUACCAAACUGCAAGUCUUCGAGCAACGAGAUAGAUAUUCCCCAUAUUCACUUAGCCUGAGUUGAAUAAUCGUUUUAAUUUAAAACUUGAAAAUCAGAGAAAAGACGAAAUUCAGGAUAAAAAAACGUUUUAGUAUUUUUCACUCUGGCAAACCGUUUGGCAAACUUCAAUAAAUCAAAUAUUCAAUUCUAAUAUUAUACUAAUCAUAUUUAUUCAGUUGAUUGAUACUGAACGACUGGGUCUCUUCCAUGCGUUUUACGAAAAUAUUUSUCUCAGGUUAUAUACUACUCGCACUUUAAUGUUUACUGAAAUUUUCAAUAUUGUGCUAACUUGGCAGUUUCGACUUUUGGUUAGCAUUUGAUUUUGGGCUCCCUUUGAUCAAAAGUGCAACUCGSAGACACAGAGUUCACGUGUUUUUGAAAAAUGCAGUAAUAAUAUAUGUCUGUGCACGAGUUUCGAGAAGCUCUCACUAAAAAGUCUUGAUGAGCAAAAUCUUCUCAUUCUUGAUACCUUGCGCACUGACUGUUUUUCUGCCCAUUUUAGCAUGCGCUUGUAAAAUUCUAAACACUUUCCCCAUUUAGCAGAMAACUAGGACAAUUUAAGMAUAUUUURCAGUCGAGAUAUUCGAUCGUAUUUCGUACGGCUCGAAACUUAACAYURCCAUCCCCACGGGAUAAACAUAUAYAUGAGYUACGUWAACAUUUCACUCGCACACUAUUUGUCGUCAGAACUAUCACGAAAUAGAGGUUGCAUGUGAAUGUGGAAAAAUGUGGUGCGGCCAUAGCAUAAGGCCAUCUCUCCUUGAGCAAAUACCUUUUUUGCGGGUUGUGAUUGAUUUGAAAGGCGGCCUUCGUACCGUGACCGUGCCGUGGCCCGUGCCCUAACUUUCCACGAACAUUUCAAACUACCUUAAACACUCACAAUGGUACAAUCUGUACUCGAUACACGACUGUUGCCAUAACAAUACAACUGUUAUGUCAUCCACUGGUCUCUUUAAUCACAAAUUGUAAAUAGCMGCAUUAAUAAUAGUAAUGAUCUGUAGAUAGUGGUCGAUAUUAUCCUCGACAUACAUAUCUAUAUGUACAUUGUACAUUGUAAAGUUAUUUUGUAAAAACUCUAACAAGCAAUAAACUAAUUAACYAAUAAAUUGAACUGCUCCUC